AUGGAUUAUAAUCCAUAUAGGAGUGGGUCAAAUUUUGUAGAGCGUAGAGAACACAGGAAAUGGACUCCUACAGAUGAUAUUGUGCUAAUCGGCUCAUGGCUAAACAUGAGCAAAGAUCCUGUUGUAGCAAAUGAGCAAAGAUCAGGUGCAUUCUGGAAAAGAAUUGCAGCCUACUUUGCGGCAAACCAGAAGGUUACAGAGUGCGAACGGAGAGAGCCGAUGCACUGUAAGCAACAGUGGCAGAAGAUCAAUGACCUCAUGUGCAAGUUAUGUGGCUCGUAUGAAGCUGCAACCAGGGAGAAGACCAGCGGACAAAAUGAGACUGAUGUUCUCAAAAAAGCGCAUGAGAUCUUCUACAACACUCAUAAGAAGAAGUUCAACCUUGAGCAUGCGUGGAUGGAGCUGCGCAAUGACCAGAAAUGGUGUGAUCUUCCAAGCUCAAACACUACAGGAAAUAUGAGUUUUAAUAGCAGUAGAAGAUAG